AUGGUUCGGCAAGUUUGUGUAUUGCUGUGGUGUCUCUACGUUUUCAGUAUUUCAAUGAGUGAUAGUGUUAUAUCAGCAGAGUCCGAAACGAGAUGUCGAAAUCCACCAACUGCCCCUCAGAAGAUAGAACGAGUUAUCAGCCUUUGUCAAGACGAAAUCAAGCUUUCAAUACUAAGAGAAGCAUUAGAUGUCAUAAAGGAGGAGCACACGAUGCCAGCACAAAGGCGAAGAAACAAAAGAGAAGUUCCAUUCACACAUGACGAAAAACGGAUAGCUGGUUGCCUACUCCAAUGCGUAUACCGGAAAGUGAAAGCGGUGGACGGAUAUGGGUUCCCCACAUUAGAAGGUCUCGUAGGACUUUACUCUGACGGAGUGAACGAGAGGGGAUACUUCAUGGCAGUUCUAGAAGCUUCCAGAGAAUGUCUUAUGAGGAACCAUGAUAAAUUCUCCCGCACUAUACCUAUGGACAACGGUCGCAACUGUGACAUAUCGUUCGACAUAUUCGAGUGUAUCUCCGACCGCAUCGGCGAGUAUUGCGGGAACGCGGGACUA